AUGCCGCUUCCGCCACCGCUGACAGCAUCGACGCACGGGGAGAGGGUUCUUUUGAAAACGUUGCGGCCGAGAGCGGGAGGGUUUCCACCGGCGGCGGCGGCAUCGGCGGCAAUGGCGUACUCUCGAAGUGGCAGAAGAGAUAGCAGCGGCGGCAGCAGCAGCACCAGGGGUAGGAGAACAGUCGUGGGGUCUAGCCGCGCGGAACCUUCAUCGUCGUCGGCGGCGCCGGUGCCGGACACCACUACGGCGGCCGAUGCGGAAUUUAGCGAGCAGGGGCGGGUGCCGGCAAGUAGCGUUUCCGCCGCAGAAGACACGGAAGGGCGAGGGGAAAGCGCGACGGGGCGACGAGCGCAAGGCGGGGCUGGGGGAAGCGGGAGGCUUCCCCUCCCCUUCUUUGACGUGGAGAGCGUGGGGCUCAAGGGCAGGUGGGAGGAGAUGGGGGGCAACUUUCUCCUGCGUCCCCCGGACGACCAGGCGCCGAAGGCCCUGGUUCACUUCCUCGGCGGAGCCUUCGUGGGAGCGGCACCGCACUUGACGUACAACUACCUGCUGAGCGGGCUCGCGGAGAUGGGUUUCUUGGUGGUGGCUACGCCCUACCCGUUGGGUUUCGACUACUUGAACCUGUAUUCCCUGUAG